CAGCACUCAGCGAGCAAAUAGCUGCUGUACUUUAUGGCGUGAAUGAUAGUUGGCGUGCGUGGAUGAGUGCGAUAUGCCCAAUGCAGUAGCUGACCAUUUUGUCUCCAGAAUGCCCCAGGACUUGGAUGUAUAUGAAACUUGGCUUAUCCCAACACCCAGCAUAGCCUUAUUUGACAAAAAUGUUUAUUUAGCCUAGUGCUAUUGCUUAAAACAACUUGGCCUCGCUUAAACAUAAUACAUCACAUUCAGUAGGCCUAUUUUGUGUUUGAUAGACAAAUGUUGCACCGUUUCAUUGUUACCCUGUUGAUUGAGUAGGGGGUGUGAUGCGAAGGUAGCAAAAAUCCAUCAGAACCAUAAUUGUGCUUUUACUUUAAAUACUAUUUUUGAAGACAGAUACUUUUGAAUUUCUACUCAAGUGAAACAUUAAAGUGAAUACUUUCACUUCACAGUAACAUUUAAUGUUUCAAUUUAAUAGUAAUUUAAUAUUUUAAUAAAAGUAUUUGCACUUUCAUGUCCAUAGGCCUAGUUGGCGUCCUUCGUCCACCACUACUAUAUAGAUUUGAGCUCAUUACAGGAAUUACUUCUAUAGUUUCUAUAAGUUUAGUGGGUGUGUCCCAGUUUGCCUGGUUUGUGAAACUAAAACAGAAACCACUCCUUUCAUCAGCUCAGUGUCCACGCCUAUCUGGGUCUACUUAAACCCAUCACUGGGUCCACACAGAACAGGAAACCGGACCAGGAGACUAUUGUGUAAGUAUUUCUGACCCUUGGGUCUUAAAAGAUGGCCGAUCAACUCAGGAGACUAUUGGGUGGCAUGGAGCCAGUAAUGGAUCUGUUUGAGCAAGGAGCAGAGAUGGUAGCUGUAGCGGUGAUAGACUUGAGUCCCGUCUUCAAAGUUGCUUCUCAAAUCGUCCAGCUGGCCCUUGGUAAUGUUGAGAGCGAGGAGGCAGAGUACACGAGGCAGCAGUUCCAGAAGGUGCGAGACAGUCUGGAGGUUGCGUCCGAGGAGGUCCAGCGCAUCAACGCGGAGAUCAAGAUGCGUGUUGCUGAUGCUACAUACUUCUCUGUGGAGGAGAAUCUGACCAACCAGUUCCGCAAGUACAUGGACAUUCUGAAAGCAGAACCUAAAUUUCGAGAGGUCAAGAAGAAGCUGUUUCUGGAGCACUUCAACAGGACCAGAGGGGACAAAAACCUGAUCACUCUCUUCAAUGCCGUCACUGGAGAUAACUUCCUGGGCGAGUCUGUGCUGGAGAUUGUGCUAAACUACGAGCAGAAGAGCCGACGGCCUGUGGAGGACUUCUGUGCCAGGCUCAAGAAGCUCUUUUGCAUCGGCCUGAUUGCCUUAAUGGGCUACAAUGCCCUCAAAGGAGGCGAUGAUGAGGAGGACUUGUUCAGGAAGUGGGGGGGGAAGAUGAAGGAUGUUCAGAGCGAAAUGACCAGCGUCAUCGAGGACUGCAUCAACAGCUAUCCUGAGCAGGCCAAGAUCGAUGUCGAAAGGGUAGUGCGGGACAACGGUGAAAAGUCCAACAAAGAGCUGGCCGACAUGAUCAUAGAGACUCUGAAGAAGAAGUACGACUGGGUGCGCUGGUCGGUGCGGGUGUUCCACCCACCCACAGGUCUCUUCAACUGGGGGGAACCUCAUCAUUUCACAGGCCACCGGAGCCGCAGCCGGUUCCAAGUCACCUCAACGACGGACGAGGACAUGAAGGUGAUGGUGUCCCACAGCGCUUCUCCUGAACCUCUGGAUAAGGAAAAGAUCCAGCGGCUCAUCGCUAGUCAUAGCAACAAAAGCAUCGACAAGAUUGCGCAGUUGCUUUUAGACAAUGUGCCCGUGAGUGUUGUGCAGAUAAUGAAGGUCUCGUGCCAGGAUGUUAUUUGCUUGUUCAGCUUCACAGAGGAGCUGCACUACUGGGAAGAGCGGAAGAACUUCUAUGUUUGUGUUCACUCUGCUUAGUGGACACUCGUGGUUUUUGGUUCUUUUGGUUUUUGGUUAUUGGUUCUUGAAUGAUUGUUUAUUUAAUGCUCUGAUUCUCUAUGCGUUUUAAAUCUUUCCUGCUAAAUGCUGCAUAAUAUGUUUUAGUUCCUAAAGCAUAUCAAGUGUCCUUUUGUUGAACCCAUUUAAGCCUAGGGCAUCUGCAAAAAAAUGCCUGCUGAAUGCCUAAGCCCUUUUUGGGAAAAGGUUCCCUCAGCCUAUUAAAACCUAAAUAUAUCGGCCUCUGAAGCACAAAAAUCAUGAAAUACGUUUCAUUUAACAGCUAGGAUGCUCAUCUUGCAAUAGAGUGUGUUCAUUCAGCUCUAACAUACCAACAUUUUUAAUUAAUCUGAAGAGCCUGAAUGCAGCGUCCAUGUAGCUCCAGGCGACUAGGUCAAUGCAGCGUAUGCAGCAUCAGGCUUGAAUGGGUUAAACCGUGAAAAGACCAUAGCUACUGCAAACUGCAGGAAUCAGUUACAGUACUGAAUGAUAGUUACAGCUGUAUAGAAAUGUAAUGUCUCUGAAACGUGAGUUUUUAAUGUAGGAAUACAGGAAAAUAUGACCAUUGGACUGAAUAGUUAAUUAAUGGAUACCUACACUUCCCUGAAGUGCCCAUUGAAUGACUAUACUGUGUUUUUAUUAUUUAUUUUGUAUUUUGUGUCUUUAGUUAUGUGUGCAGAUGACACAGAUCUGUCAAAUGUGUAUUUUAUAAUGCGUGUUUGUUGGUGCUGCUAUUUAAAAUAAAAGCCAUAAAACUUUUCGGUUGUUAAGAAAAUAUCUCUUUUAAC